UAUCACACGAGUCCGUUAGGACGAGUGUGAUAUAUCCGAUACGUCACGAGUGUCGAUUAUGUAUCUGUUUUAUCCAAUGACCGCCGAGGUUUUUGUCACCCACGUGUCAAGGGGCGGAGCUAUACAGCUGAUCAGGAUCUGUCAAGUAAUCACUUUGAUAUUUUCCCGCCACUUUCUGACCCAUCCCAUUUCCUGCCACAGCAUUUCAGUCUCAGGUGUUAAUGAUGGAGGGUCAGGCAUGGCAUGGCGUCCCUGGAUUGUAUAUGAUAUUUACACAGAGUUGCCCACAGACUGUUGAAUAGGGUCCAUUUUACAUGAGACCCCUUGCCGGUAGGAAAUUUGGAACACAGCCGAUUGGAGUAAAUAAACUGAAUGCAAUUGUGAAAAACAUGUGUAAGGAAGCAAGAUUCGAGGGGAAGUUUUUAAAUCACUACGGAAAGAGAACAUGCGCCACAACUCUUUACCAAGCCGUUGAUUAUGGAAAGGACUGGACAUCGCAGUACCGCUGUCCGUGCCUACAACAGACCGUCCGUGCCUACAACAGACCGUCCGAGGCGCAACAGGUGGAAAUAAGCCGGGCAUUAGAGUGUGGGAAAAGUGCGAUCAAGAGUCGAGACCGAAACACAAGAUAACAAAAAAAGUGUAACGUAGCGUUAAAAAUAUAAUACCAACACAUUAUUGGUGCUUGAUAGA